UAUAUUCACGUUCAGUGUCUCUCUUCACGUAGAGAGAGAGAGAGAGAGAGGGAAGAGAGAAGAAGGAGACAACAUGGGAUUCAUUAAUAGCUUGCUGGAGAUCGUCGGACUCGGCAUCGGAGUCCCGCUCGGCCUCGUCGUGGGUUACUUCCUCUUCCUGCGUUUCGAGCCCAAAGAUGUGAAGGAUCCUCUGUCGAGGCCGCUCCACGAGUUCGACACUCACUCUCUGCUAGAUCUUUUGCCGGAGGUCCCUCUUUGGGUGAAGCAUCCGGAUUUCCACAGAGUUGAUUGGUUGAACAGGUUCUUGAGAUACAUGUGGCCUUACCUAGAUCAGGCCAUAUGCAAUUUGAUAAGAAGCAGCGCACAGCCAAUAUUCGGGGAGUACGUCGGCUCAUAUCAGAUAAAAGCGUUGGAGUUUGAAAAGCUGAGUCUUGGAACUCUGCCUCCGGCAAUUCAUGGUGUUAAAGUGCACGAAACUAAUGAAAAUGAAUUAGUGCUUGAACCUGCGAUUAGAUGGGCUGGAAACCCCAACAUAAUCUUGGUGCUGAAACUCUUGUUCCUACGGAUACGGGUCCAGCUGUUGGAUGUACAGAUAUCCGCAGUUCCUCGAAUAGUUCUUAAACCUCUUGUGCCAACAUUUCCUUGUUUCACAAGUAUAACGGUUUCCUUGCUGGACAAACCUCAGGUUGAUUUUGGAUUAAAACUUUUCAACGGGGAUAUGAUGGCGAUACCAUUGUUAUAUCAAUCUGUUCAGGAAAUAAUAAGAAAGCAAAUAGCUAAUCUGUACCUUUGGCCUCAGACACUGGAGAUUCCAAUUCUUGAUGGUCCAGUCGGGGCAAUAAAGAAACCCGUGGGCAUACUCCAUGUGAAGGUGAUACAAGCUCGCAAGCUCCUGAAGAUGGAUCUUUUAGGAACCUCGGAUCCUUAUGUUAAACUCAGCCUGAGCGGGGAGAAACUUCCUGCUAAAAGAACAACUGUGAAGAUGAACAAUCUGAAUCCAGAGUGGAAUGAAAGUUUCAACCUCACCGUGAAAGAUCUUCAAAGCCAAGUACUUGAAUUACAUGUCUAUGACUGGGAGAAGUUCGGGACUCACGACAAGCUGGGGAUGCAAGUGGUUCCGCUGACGUUGAUCUCAUCUCAUGAGCCAAAAGAGUUCACUCUUAACCUGGUCAAGAACCAGAAUCUCAAUGACCCUCAUAACAAGAAACCGAGAGGGCAACUAAUGGUCGAGCUAUCGUACCAUCCUCUGAAGGAAGACAGCCACAGGCUCAGCGGACCCCUGGAACGACAUGAGAGCCAGAGCAGCGAGAGUGAAGUUAUCGAAAGGCCAAAUGAGGAAGCCUCACAAAAUUGUCAAGCCGGUCUGCUUCUGGUCACUGUACAAGGUGCAGAAGACGUGGAUGGCAUGCAUCACACAAACCCUUAUGCAUUGGUUCUGUUCCGAGGAGAAGAAAAGAAAACCAAGCUGGUGAAGAGAACCAGAGAUCCAUGUUGGAAUGAAGAGUUUCAGUUCGUGCUGGAGGAAGCUCCCCUUAAGGAGGAGAUUCGUAUACAAGUCAUGAGCAGAAGGACCAAGUUUUGUUUUCAUUUCAAGGAAUCAUUGGGUUACGUCGACAUAAACCUAAGCGACGUCGUCUUCAACGGACACAUCAACGAGAAGUUCCAUCUGAUCAAUUCGAGGAACGGAGUCGUGCACGUCGAAAUCCGGUGGGAGAUGACUUGAAGCACGUUGAAGCAGACGAUUUGCGACGAUGUUCGAUUAAUUUUUUCGGAGAAUAUACUUUGUUUGAUCAAUAGUUCUGUUUUUUCCCCCCAUUUUAUCAUGUAGAUUAUUUCUCUUGGGUCAAUACAGGUUCACGUAUGUAAGUAUCGCUUGUGAAGCACUGGGGAUGAUAACAAGAAAAAAGAUAGUUGGCAAGACCAGAUUUGUAAAGAUGUAACGUUGGUAGUAAAUAUGAAAUAUCGAUAGUAAGUGAAAAGUGAGAAGUGUUUUAAGUCGA